CUAAUAUAUGUAUUGGCCAACUAUGCCAUUUGGCAGCAUUCAUUUCCCUCUCAUCUCUCUUCCCUUUCCAAUACCUCUCCAUCUUUCUUCUCAUUCAUUUCAGUCAACCACUCUUCCCGCACACACAUUUUUGCAGUUUUAUUAAUACAUUUUCCAUCCCUGCAGAAAAUACGCAUUAUAAAAUACGCAUUAUAUAGUGAUUUGGGUAGUUAUUACUUUUACAAAAAAGCUUUAUCCCGUAUCAGAAGUAACCGUCCGUCCCAUCAAUCUCCAGAAACCUGAGAAUCGCAGGAAUCCGCAUUUCUUCUCCAAUGGAAGACGACCGGGUGGGCAACAACAACCGCAGGAGCGGCGGCGCGGUGAAGAAGGAGGAGGACGCCGGAGAUCCGAUCGUGUGCACGGGGAAGACCCGCUGCAAGUCGUGCACGGCGGGGGUAAUCGCCGACUGCGUCGCGGUCUGUUGCUGUCCGUGCGCCGUCGUGGACAUUUUGGUCCUGGCAUUAUUCAAGGUUCCGUGGACGCUGGGGCGGAAGUGUCUCGGAUUGCCGCGGCGGAAGAGGGGGAGCAACGGCCGCGGCGGCGGAAGGAUAUGUAACAGGGAGAGGGGCUGCAGCUACCGCAGCGACGACGUCGUUUCGAGGAUGGGGAGCGUUUGGGGUUCCGGAAUUGAAUCGGCGGGUUUUGGAAUUGAAGACCUAGAAUGGGUAAAAGGCAAUUUUAGCGCCAGGUUUAAUGCAGAUGAGGUUUGGUUAGAGUUAUCUGAAGUUGGUCAUUUGGGUUUUGGGAGGGUUUCUUGUACUGAAAUUCCCUCUGUGUAAAAACAAUUAGUUGAGGGAAAAAAGGGGGUGAAAAUGUGAAAUAGUACAAGUAACAUAUAAUGCAUUAAUUGGCAUCUCAACAUUAAUGAUGUAUGUAGAAAUACACCUAAAUUAUCUUAGACUAGUGCUUCUCAAUCUAAAAUCAAAUAUUUCUUUAUUGAUGGUUGAAUUUAAAGGUUGUGUGGGGAAAAUUAUAAGAUUCUAAGCAUGGGAUUGAAAAUUUGAUGGACUGUGUAAUCUCAGGCAUUAAAAAGAGAUCUCAAGUUCUUUCAUUGCAUUUGUUAUGUAUCAUCAACUCG